AUGAAGAAUAUGUUGGAAAAACUUGAUGAAAAAGAUGCAAACAUUUCACAUUAUAAUAAAGUUGCAGAAAAAAAAGCAACAGAGAUCAUUGAUAUUGAAAAAUCAUUAUUUGAGAUUUUUCAACAACUGAAUGAGUUUAGACCUGAUCCAAAUCUCAAUCUAAUUAUUGGACCUAAUGAGGGUAGAAGUGCUUUCAUGUUUGCUAUUGCUCUUGGCUUGGGAUGUAAUACUUUGGUUAGGAAUUUAAAUGUUUUAUAUCAUUAUGCUAAUCUGUUGAUGAAAAUAAGUUAUAUUAGAAGGUUUCUCAAGGAUAUAAGAAAUAUUUCUCAUUUUAUAAAAGAUGGACAAAAUCACGCAUCUAUAAAGAUUGAAUUAAAACAUGAUGAUGAUAAUGUGAUAAUAAUUUGUUUGAUCACAAGAGCUGAUAAUAGAACUCAAUGGACAUUAAAUGGUAAAUUUUUCCAUCUUUGGUGA